CAAAAUGCUUGCAGCUCUUUGCGGCUGCCCCUCGCAACGCCCAACCAACUGUGCUGCUCUCUGGUUGCUCUGAGUCAAAAUGCUUGCAGCGACGCAGUUCACUGGCGUCGGCAGUCCAAUCUCCAACAGUUAAUUGAACUGCGGGACGGCAGGAGCCGAUGUCAAAAGUCUCCUGCGCAGUGGAUAUGACGCUGCCUCUGCCACUGCCACCCCCACCCACACCUACACGCCGGCACGCGAUUCCCGAGGACGCGGUGCCCGCGGACACUGCCGCCAUCGACGCUCGCAAGCACCGGUACGACUGGGCGCUGGAGGCCCUCGACAACGGCUGGCGGCAGCGCGCCGCGAUCCUGGGCGACGACAACGAGGAUCGCUUCUGGCAUGCGGGCCACGCGCGGAGCCACUGGCCGGGCCGGGCCCGCGUGGUGCGGCAGCUCCUGAAGCUAGCGUGGUGCGCGGCGCGGGCGGGCGACGGCGCGACGGCGCGAAGGAUCAUGUGGCAGCCGCGGCGAAGUUGGCUCGUCUUGAGCCUAGUGCGCGCAAAAUUGACCGUGAGCGACGAGGCGAUGCUCUCGAUCCUGCGCGGGUCUUGGAUCGCGGGGGGCGCCGCUGUGCGCGAGACGGCGACACAGCGGAGGUUGUACCUCACCUGGGCGCGGCAGCUUCAAUUGCAGAAGAUGUACGAGCGCAGGCGUCCUGACGUGAUCCUCCAGUGCGGCGACAAGCUGCUGUUCUCUCGCUUUCUGUGCUCGCGCGGCGUGCCGACCCCGCGCGUCUUCGACCUACGCCGCGGGCGGCUCCCGCGACAGGAUCUGUUCGUCAAGCCGCGUUACCUCGACGGCGGACGGCACGUCGAGACGUACGCGUGGCGCGACGACGCGUACGUGGACGAGAUCGGCACCGUCGGCUGGCGGACGCGCGUCCCAGGUCGCGACCCCGUGAUCAGCCCCGAGGCGCUCUGGCGAAAGCUCGCGCCCGCCAGCAACGCGGGCGGCGUGCUCGUGCAGGAGCGCCUGCGCAACACCGACCGCGUGCGCGCGCUCGUCGGCGAGAAUGCCGCGUUGUGCACGUUCCGCGUCGUCACCGCGCAGCCCGUCGACCUGACGAGUUCCCGCGCGGCGGGCGGCGCGGCCGUCGUGGGUUGCGCCAUGCGCAUGCCGUCGAACACCAUAGUGCCCGCCGACAAUUACUCGGACGGUGGGAUAUUCUGCAACGUUGACUGGCGAGCGGAGCGGCUCGCCGGGCCGGCGCGGGACCUCUUCGGCAACCUGCACGCGCGUCACCCGAACACGGGCGCACCGAUCGACGGCCGACUGCUGCCCGGGGCGCGCGCGAUGGUCGAGCGGUGCGCGGCCCUGCACGACCUCCUGUGCGCCGAGUACUUCGCCGACGCCUACCCGUGGAUCGGCUGGGACGCGACCCUCACGGCGGGAGGCGCCGGCUUCCACGUCCUCGAGGUCAACCCCGUCUCCGGCCCCGGCUUCCAGCUCGUGUGCGGUCCACACCUCGGCGACCCGACGGCGCGGGAAAUUUUCGCCCAGGUGCCGAGGUACCCCUGGAGCUGUCUUUGGCCCAGGUGGGCGACUCCAUUCGCGUGGCGGAGCUCCGACCCGGUGUCGCGGGCGACGCCCGGGAGGCGGGCGGAGCUCGAGGCCAAAAAAGCCAGGGGGACGUAGCCCGUUUGUGUACACUGUAUGGCAUCUAGAUUAGUAAUAGUGGUGC